GGAUAUUUUUAGUUUUUUAGAUGUCUAUCAGAGUACAUCAUCUAAAAUGGACAGAAAGUACCUAAAAAUAUUUGGGGGAAAAUGAAAAUAUUUACCGGUACCAAAACUGAGCUGAAGCAUUUAUUUGAGAUUUUUUUAUCUUCUCCUUAAUGUCCUUAACAUGCUGAACAUUUUGAUUCUAAACUUGCAUAAUUUGCGGAAAGUGUAGAAAUAUUUGAAGAUUUUUUCUUUAUACAUGUCCUCUAUUGUCAGAAAAAUGCAGCAAAGACAUGUUGAAAACAAGAUUUUUAUGGAGUUUUUAUCUGGAAAUCAGGAGUGAUCACAGUUUAUGGUUAAAGCAGUUGGAGAAAGCAGCUUUCUGUAUUACGUUGUGCUUUUAUGCUAACGUGAUUACUCCGUAAUGUGCUUUACAGUCAUGUGCGUCUGCCUGAAUGAGGGCAGAAUAUCAAAAAUGUGUCGUCAGUUGGGUUUGCUUUAAAGGGGCUUCUCAUGACCAACAAACAACCGUGACAGAAGAAAAAGACCCUCCCAGCUCUCCAGUUGACCGUUUCAACCUCUUCACCUGUGAAUCCUCACGUGUGGAGGUUAUCUCUGGCGCUCAGGCCAUUUGAUUAACAUUAAUUAAAAAAGGAAAAAAACAAAAAUAUGUGCAAGAGAAAAAGUAUUUUGUAUGCAGCUUUCAAACUGACACUGGUGCUCUGAUGUCACAGUGAUGUCAUCACUUCCUAAGUGAUGUCAUGCUGAUGUCACCAUCACAAGAUCAGCUCUUUGAUGAUCUUCAAAGAGCUGAUCUUGUGAUGUCAUUUGACAUCAUCAGCCAAAAGUUCUUGAAGGUGAGUCAAAUACGUGUUUAAUCAGAUCCUUCGGAUUCUAGAGCCUAGCACUUGUGAUACUGAUCUCUGUCAAACGUCUCCAACUAUGAGUCUACCGACCAAGAAAAGGAAACUGGUGUCAGAGACAGACCCAGAGAGAUGCUUGUCUAUAGCAAAGAAGAGAAGGAUUUGUGAAGAAGACAUGACCAAAAAUCAUCCUUCCUCAAAGCCUCUUCUGAAGGGGAAAAGAGGAAAAGCCAAAAAGAGCAAGCUGGUUGAUAAAAAUGUCAGCCAGAGCCUUGCUCCAGCUUCUGAGGGUCAACUCAGUCAAACUGUGAUCCACCCUGAGAACGAGACACAUGACGUACCAGGAGCAGCUAAGGUCUGGAUCAUUGGCUCAGAGCAUUACAUCACCGGAGCGAAACAGUCAACAAAGGAAUGCUACGGGGAAAACUUUGAGCUCAAUGUAACAGUCAGCUGGAUUGGCAAAGCAAAGCUGCGCUGGAGGG